AUGUCUUACGCCGAGCACGGACCCCGUAUUUUUUUGACGGGCAGACCGAGCAGUGGUUUACCUUUGACUUAUGGGGAUUAUGUUUUUCCGAAGAAACGAUCGGAGGGUCGCAUGAAGCUGUUCAACUCGUGUACGGAUGUUCGUGCUUGGAGCCCGAAUGUCGUGGAGAGCACGCGCUACUUUCGCGAGCUCAACGAACACGACAGACCCGAGCCAGGGAAACUGAUACCGUCCAGCGUAGUAAUGGAAAACAUGAUAGCACUUACGGCUCAAGCCCAGCGUGAGCUUCGCGUUGCGCGGCGAGAACUGCAGAGAUACAGAUCCUUGAACCUCACCCCGGAGCAACGGAAUCACCUGAAGAAUUUCGAUAGAACUACCACGAGGACCGAUAAGAUGAAAGGAAUGAAAAUUGGAUCUGUGAUAAGACCACUCUCUCCGGGACACAGAUUAUUCGCUGUGAAUAGAAUUGCAUCCCUGCAAUAUUCUGACACUUGUUUGUCGAUAUACUUUCACCCUAACAGAUUUCAAUACGGCACAGGCAACCACCCGUUGUUAACUAGUACACGCAUUCUGAGAGAGAAUUUGAAUCCACCAUUGGAAAAUGACUCUUAUUUGGUGUCACGUGUAACAUCCUGCAAUAUAUUAACCGAGAUACCAGCUUUUCGAGGAGAAAGGUCCAACGCGACAGAAAAAAUGAACGUGAAACAAACAGUCGUGAUAAAUUUUACAGAGCGCAGCGAUCAAGCGAGUGCCUUCAUUGAAUACGUUGACGCGUCUUCACAAGUGGUGCAAGAUGUUCGCGAAGUGGGUGUACAAACGGAAGAAUGUAAGAAUAACGAUGCUUACGACAAGCAGUCCAAUGUCGACUCGCCCGUCAGUCAAUACUACGAAACAAACGAAAGCGUAUCCAUGUCUGAAAGCGAGUCAGGGGUAAACUCGGAUCCCGAUAGCUGCGAGAGAAGUCAUAAGGGAGUGAUUAUUCAAAAGGAUUCGGAAAUUAUCGUCCUGAAGAACGAGCUUGGCAUGAAGGAAGACGAACUGGAAGAGCUGCGAGAGAUGAAUAGGCAUUUGCAAGCCUUACUACAAGAGAAGGAGGAAAACACAAACAUUUUGAAGCGUAAUGUUAAUAGCUUGCAAGAAACGUUGAACGUGGUGAGCGACAGACGCGACGACGAAAUGGAAGAUCUAAGUGUAAAACUUUCUUCCUUCGAAUGCAUGGUGGAUCAGUUGAAAACGGAGUUAGCUAGAAAAUGUCAAGUCUGUUAUUUCCAGUCGCAGGAAAUCCAGAAACUUAGGAAGGAAGUUAAGGAGGCAGAAUUAGUUUCCAUAGAAAACGAGUCGCUUACGCGGAGGGUGAAGGAAAUAGAGCAUUUGGCGAGAGAGGCGGAGAGUUGCGGUAUCGCUUUGGAGCAGAUGAAAAAUGUCUGGUGGGAACGUGAUAUGCUUCAAAAGCAAUAUCGCGAGCAAAGUUGCACGUUGGCGGACAGAGAAGACGAAAUAAAACGACUAUUGACGUUGAUAAAGCAAAUGUCUGCUACGGCUGACACUCGUGAGGUAGAGAUGAAUGAUGUAGUGGCCAACUUGAGAAAUGAGAUUCAGGCCAAAAGCGACAAGAUCGCGCAGUGCGAAAUGCAGCUAGUUUGCAUGGAGCGAGAAGUCGGUAAUCUGACUAACAUGCUGAAAAGUAGUCUGAAUAAUUUCGACGAGUCUAAGAUAGCGUACGAGGGCGUUUGCGAUUACACCAAGUGCGAGCACGACACUUGCUUAGACGUGCAGAGCGCGUUGUCCGCUUUAAAAGCGUUCAUAGCCGAGUUGGAGGAGUGUAAACUAGAACGACGUAAUCGUCUACGGGAGAUAGAUAACUUAAAGGCUUAUGUGGCAUGUUACAGCCAAGAGACCGUCAGCGAAAUUACAAACACAGAUUUUGAUACCGGACACGGAUCGAUUCAGCAGGCUGCAGAAGAUGUUUCAACAUCGAGUAAUGGCGGAUAUCACUCAUCUAAAGAACUAGUUAGCGUUCAGAUUCAGUCGGAUGAUGUUGACACUACUACCACAACAUGUUCGGAAGAAUCGGUCAAAGUAGAGUUGAACGAAGUAAUCUCAUACAAAGAUAUCGAUCGCGCUCUCGCAACGCAUAUCAAACGUUCCAUCGACAAGAUACAUGAGAUAUCCGCGGUGCUUCAAGGCGCCGGAGAUCACCACGUGCAAAUUGUCAAAGAGUUCACGAGGCAGCAGCACGAGCUGCAAAAAAAGGACCUCGAGAUCACAGAACUGAAGCAAAAAGUGGCGGAGCACGUGCUGCGGAGGGGCGAGGGUGACUGCGCGAUUCAGGAACAAUUGAGAAAGAAGAUGUUGGAGAAAGAGAGGGUGCUGGAAACUAUAAUAAAUAAGAGGGAUUCGACGAUCGAGAGGCUGCACGAACAUCUCGCCUCGUUGGAGAGCGAUAUUGUUUCUUACCGCGCGGAAUGCGACGCGUUAAAAGUCGAGAACACCGAUCUUGUCAAUGCGAAAAAUUUACUGUCAAAGGAGAACAACGCACAAAGUGAAGAACUGAGAGCGCAGAAGAACCAGAUAUGUGAGUUAAUUAAGCAGAUACACGACUUGCAGCAGACUGUCGACGUCUUAAAGGAGGAAACGAAUAAUGUGGAAAACAUGAGGAAGGAGAAAAUGGAUAAAUACACGUAA